AUGGAAAAAGUCAAGAGUAAACCCACUGCAGAAAAUUCACGGAAUUUUACAGUGCUAGAGGAAAUAGAUAAUUUAAAACCAACUGAAGAAGAAGUCAGGUUAUAUGCCAAGGGACUUGGGAUAGACCCUGAUAAAGAGGAAUAUUUGCUUCCUAUAGCUCUAGAGGGGGUUUCAGCUCCCCUUCCUAUUGGAUGGCAAGCACUGAGGAGUCGAGAUGGUUCGAUCGUAUAUCAACAAACUCAGUCUGGGAUUGUGGUCUAUGAACAUCCACAGGAUUCACUAUACCGAGCGAAAGUUGCCGAGGCUAGGAAGAUAAAAAUGAAUUCUCUGACCGAUCAGACGGAAUCUAAAACAGUUUAUCAACAACUCCCCGAACCUAAGCCAAGCAAAGGCAAUUCGAGUUUUAAAAUUCCACUUUUUCCUCCCGCUCACAACGAUAGUAAUUCUGGAUCGGGAUCUAUACUUUCUCUUUCGAAUUCAAAUAUGCCUCAUGUUCAGUCUUCUCCCACAGCCAAAAAAACCCCAGUGGCAAAAAAAGUGUUAGUCGAGCGAAAUACAAAUUCCAAAUCUACUCGUAAUUCUUUAAACAGAUCUCACAUGAAUGAAAACAGUCCAAAUAUUGAUAAACUGGCUGAUCGGUUCAGUGAUGAGGUCCGAGUGUCAGUUCCCAGUGAUGCCGAGAAUUAUCAACAUAACUGUCAUACUCAUACGCCUUUAUCGACCAAACGUCAACGACCGAAAGUUGAUUUCAAAUGCACACGAAAAAUUUUCGAAAAUGACGAAAAUGGUUGUGCCUCCUCUCUCUUUUCUCCCCAAGAUAUUCGGAAUAAUCGUCAACACUUCUCUCCCCUCACUCCGGGUUUUCAUCAUCGGGGUCUUCUACAUGAUAUCCCUCCAAUCGAUAGAUCUUACGGUGUGGAAUUUGAUAGCAAUGCCAGCUUGCGUUACCUCCAUGAAGAACAGGCACGUAUCCAUGACAAGAUCGCUGUCUUGAAGCUUACUUACAAGGCUUACAAAGCUCGAUUGGCAAGUAUUAGUUCUAGCAUUAGUAUGAUUCGGUCGACUAGAACCGCUGCAAUGUUAGCUGCUGGAAAUUUCUCUAACUCUCGCAUGUCUCCUCUCUCUAACAAUAGAUGUCACUCGCCUUCCUUCCAUUUUCGUCAUAGAUCUCAUUCAACCAUGUCGCGGCACCCAGCAACGGUUGCUGCUAGUGUUAUUUCACCGGCCGCUUCGACGGCGUCAGAUAGUCAUCAGAAACCAUUAUAUAAUCACCAACAAGUUCAACAGAUACGUCGUGGAGAUGAUCGUGACCGAAGAUUCUCCAUUCAGAAUUUGACCUCUUCAAGGAAAACUCCCAAAAGUGCCCUGUAA